CAAAGCAGCGCCAUCACCCUGUCUGUUUCAGGAAGUACGCCAGCUGUUUCCGUAGUCCAGUCUUCCUACAGCAUCAAUUCCGGGUCGUCAAUUACGCUGGGUUGUUCUGUGUCUGGUAACCCUUCCAUAACCUCAGUAUUCUGGCAGAGAAAUGUCGGUUCAGGAACGCAGUCAGUCUCUGUGGACAACGUAAACUUCUCUGGUGCAACAGUUAGCUCCCCUUCCCUAACGGUGAUCACAGCAAGCAGCGGAGAUGCCGGUUCGUACACGUGCUUUGCCACGAACUCCGUCGGAACUGGGCAGAGUACCACAACACUCUCUGUCAGUGGAAAUGUGCCGACAGUGUCCAUAGCCCAGUCUUUCUACAGCGUUUCCACGGGAACAACUGUUACGUUGACUUGUUCUGUAUCCGCGAGUCCCACACACACCACAGUGUACUGGCAGAGAAACAUCGGCUCAGGGUCACAAUCGGUCACAAUUGACAACGUGAACUUCUCUGGCGCAACAGUUAGCUCCCCUUCUCUGACGGUGAUAUCAGCCGACUCUAGUGAUUCCGGUUCGUACACAUGUUUCGCCACCAACUCGGUCGGGACAGGACAGAGUGGCACUACUACGCUAACAGUCUCAGGAA